AUGUCAAAUUAUAGAAAGUGCGAGUUCUGUAAUGAGUCCAUCUAUGAUUUUGCUUACCACCAAAGAACCUGCAGAGUGAAAAAUAAAAGAGCAUCUAAAGAUACAGAUAUUCCAAUGCAAACCAAAGUUUAUUUCAGGAACAAAAGAGGUGAAGAUUCUGCUGCUGUGAAUACAGCACUUUAUACCUUGUAAAAAUUACUUUACUCCCCCCCAUCCUUGAUGAACGGCUCGCCAUCGUUCGAUCAAGGAUGAGGGUUAAAAAAAAAUUUUUUAGGAAAAAAAUUUUAUUUAUAAAAUAAAAAAAUAUAUAUAUAUUAUUUUUUAAAUAAGAGGGUUAAGAGUAUUUAAUAAUUAUUUUUACAGCAAAAAAUUGAAUUAAUUUUAUAAAAAUACCAAUUUUUAAUAUUUUGAUUUAUUAGUUACUCCUUUAAACUGUAGAAAUUUUAAUUUGCUCCUUAUUGAAUUAAAUUUGUUUUUUAAAUUUUUUAGAAUCUCUAUUUUUUUAGAUUAUUGAGUUUUUAAGCCUGGGUUGAUGAGUAGAUCACUUCGGAUAGUUGAUUUCAUAGCUUUCUGUCGUCUCAAAGCUCUGAAAAUAACUUUAUUAUGUACAUCUUUCCAAGCUUUUGAUAGCAAAAUAUAUUUUUAUGUAUAUAAAAAUUUCAUGAUAUGAAAAUCGUUCGAUCAAGGAUGGGGGGUUAAUUUUCACAAUUUUUAGGAAUUUUUACAGUCAAUCGUUCGAUCAAGGAUGGGGGGGAGUUAGGUGCUAUAUAAAGCCUCUAUUUCAAAACAUAAUUAAAGGGUAUUCUGGCUGCCGUGAACAUCAAGAAGGCUACGUCUGCCUAUCAUGUGCUAUGAAAAGAAUUUUUGAAGAAUUCAGCAUUAAAUCCAAUGCUUCAGGAGAUCAAGGAGUUGCUUACGAAGUCGACGUGUCAGAUUUUUACAAUGAGAUAUCAAAUAUCACUGAUUCUGUCAUUGGCGAAAAGACUCCUCCUUUUGAAGUAAUGUUUGUAAUUACAGAGACCUUAAACAUUUUGCAUCACAUUUAUGUCCAAACAGAUGCUGAUGAAAACAAUCCUGCAACAACAAUCCUCUGCAAGGAAACAUGCCCAGGCCACCAGGUUUGUGACUUUCGUCUAAAAGAAAUAAUGAAAUGCCAGUGCCUAAAGACCUUUUCUUAUACCUGGAAUUAUUCAGAAUUCUCAUACCCAACCUAUAUUUUGAAUAUAAUAGAACAGCUCCCAGCUGAAUCCUCAAAACUAUUUUUUGGAGUCCCAAAAUACAGGCUUAUGGACCAUUCAGCCUCCUCUUCAAUUCUUCCGCUCCUAAAGAAAAUGCCUUCUUUUAUGAGAUAUCAAUGGGAAAGCAUAGAUGCAAACGAAUGUGAAGAUGAAAAUUGUGAAAUUAAAAUAAGUAAGCGUAAAGCUGAAUUAAUAUCGAAUCCUCCUCAAUGCUUUCUGUCAAGUAUUAUAUGGGAAAAAGAAAAAGAGUUAGAUAGCGUGGAGUCAUUACAAGUUUUAUCGUCAAUAGCGAACAAUUUAGCAUUAAGUGAAAUUUUUGAAACACCUUCAAGAGAUAAUUAUCAGCUGAGUUACUUAAUUUUUUAUAGAGAAAAAAGCUGCAUUCUUGUUAUUAAACGUGAAAAUGAUCAAUGGGAAUUUAUAGAAGGAAAUAGAAAAAAUAUAAUCGUGAAAUGGGAAAAGGUGAUUGAAGAAGUUUUGAUUAAAAAUUUACGCCUUGCUGGAUUGGCUUAUGUAGCUUCUGAAGUAGGUGGAGGGCUUGAAUUGUCUCAAUUGAAAUGGUUGAAUUUAGAGAAAUUGGCUGUUGAAGACAAAGUAUAUAAAGAACAGCAUAAAGGAGAUGUAGAUCUGACUGAAGUAAAGACUAAUGCAAAAAUCAUCAAUAAGCCACAACAGGAAGUCAUUAAUUAUGAAAAUCUUGAUAAAGAUGAGUACGUAGAUUUAAGUGAAGAAAUACAAAAAAUAACUAACCAAGAUUUAGAAAUUGUCAAGCCAAAAGAAACAAAAAAUCCAUUUACAAAUUCAGUGAAAACUGAUUAUCAAGAUAUAAUUGAAAAAUAUGGAAUCGCAUUUGAAGAAGAGAAAAAACAAAAUAAUCUGGGAAUGAAGAAUUUAACAAUAGGAGAAAUGAAAAAAGAAGAUCAAUUUUUGGAACUGAGAAGGCCGAAACUUGAAAAGGAGACACCAAAAGAAAAAAAAUGGUAUUUGGAUGAUUUAAGAGAAGAAGAAAAGAAAAAUUCUUGAAAAUGCCCCUGUGGAGCAGAUAAUGAGGAAUCAUGGGAAGUGUGCGUAAAAUGCAAUAAAAUAAAAGAAGGAUCAGGAGGAUGGGCUUGCAAAUUUUGUACAGCUAUUAAUUAUAAUAAGUAUAGCAAUAGAUGCAAUGUAUGCUUUGAGAAUCAAUUAGCUGAACAACCCCUUGUAAAUGAUUACUGAAAUUGCACUCUCUGUGGCACUGUGAACGUCUCUUCUUAUAAUUUAUGUUCAAAUUGUCAGGAAUUAAAAACAACAGAUAAAUGGAAAUGCGACACUUGCUCGAAGGUAAAUUAUAGCUGAGACAAAGAAUGUAUAAGCUGCUCAAUUAAUCAGCGUAUGCGUUUAUCAAAUAAAGCCCCAUUGCGACGAGAAAUAAUAGAUUUUAAUUGCAUGAGUUGUAAAUCAAAAAUUAAAUCCGACAAUUAUAAGUAUUGCUGGCCUUGCAAAAGAGCAACAGAUAACUGUGAACACUCAGAAUACCCAGGGAAUUAUAUUUGCAGAGAUUGCCAAAAACAAAUUUGGCGUUGCACAAAAUGCAGGACUGAAAACCUUCCUAAAAAAAUAGAAUGUGAAAAAUGUAUGAAGAGCAAACAGGAAGAAAGAAAAGAAGACAUUGAUGUAAGUUCAUGCUCAGGCUGCUAUAAAAAACCAUUAUAUAUAAAGUAUUGUCAUAAGUGCCUCAAAAUGGAUAUUUCAUGCACCUGCCCAAGGACAAUUAGCAAAAGAUAUUUAUGCAGCAGUUGCAGAUUAAAAGCAGAGCCAGAGCCAGUACCAGUGAGUAGAUAUAAAAGAUUUCAAUAA